CCCACCAGCAGCGGCGCCGGCUCGCCGGUGGCCUCGGUCAUCCCGCACGGCAUCGACAGCAUCCUGAACCGGCCGUCGCCCGGCCAGCUGGCGUUCGGCGCGCGGCUCGGCUCGUCCGGCGUCUACCUGAACUCGCCGCUGGCCAAGCCGCAGCUGGGCGAGUUCGGGCGGCCGUCCCCGCUCGCCUGGCCCGGCCUGCAGGGCAUGAUCCAGAACCCCGUCUUCUGGCGAGAGAGGUUCUCAGCGACCAACAGCGCCUACGACCGCGACGGCAAGAAGAAACACACGCGACCGACAUUCAGCGGCCAGCAGAUCUUCGCGCUGGAGAAGACGUUCGAGCAGACCAAGUACCUGGCCGGGCCAGAGAGGGCCAAGCUGGCUUACGCGCUCGGCAUGACAGAGAGUCAGGUCAAGGUCUGGUUCCAGAACCGGCGGACCAAGUGGCGGAAGCGUCACGCGGCAGAGAUGGCCACGGCCAAGCGGAAGCAGGAGGAGGCGGUGGAGGGCACCGAACCCGGCUCCGACUCGGACGACGAGCGAGCCGCCAAGAAGAUCAAGUACGAGACGGACGAGUAGGCUGACACGGCCGCCCAGCCACACCCAUUUAUCGCUAGUCAUUGUUAAAUGUGUACAUAACCAUGUUCACAUGUUACCGCAGUUGCACGCUUUGGACGCGCCGGCCGGCCAGGCGGUGGG